GCCUGCGACGAGCUGCCAUAUGGAGGGAGGAGAGACGUCAUCUUGUUUUGAAAAUUUAUUCUACCAAUUUAAAGAAUGGCAGAUGUCGUUAUUAUCAAUUCGUUUUCGUUUGAUUUGACUGGUGUGUCUCGUCUCAUCAAAUCGUACAUUACCUUGAAAUUGCAAACCCAAUGGAGUUCUUACGUCAUCAGAGGCGAAAAUUGACUUGCAUUUCCGCGUUAGAAUUACAAAACAUACAGUACUUCAACUGCGUCUGCGUUGAAUUUGGUAGGGUGAGAGAUGUCGGCGAUCUACGACAAUUGGGAGAAACUGGUGGCUGCUGUUUUGAAGAAGGAGCAGCUUUGGCAGUUAUUCAAUUCCGAUUCAGCCAGCAUCAGCUCCGAUUCAUCCGGCUUCAGUUUCUGCAAAUUGACCUCUUCACUUAACGACGUCAUUGCCGCCAAAUCUCUUCCGAGGAUUCAUGUUGAGGAACCUAUCAAAACUGUUAGUACUACUUCAAAACCAGCUAGGAAACGGGGUUUAAAGAUUCAAGUGCCGGAAUUUCGAUUUCAAGAUGCUGGUUAUAGUAUCUCAGAAUAUCGCUGGAGAGUUAGUCCAAGGACGGCGAGUCCUAGCGUUAGCCCAACAAGUGGAGGGUUGCAUUCUAUGUCAGAGACGAAGCAACAAAGUUAUCCAUUGCCUCUUCCUCCAGGUGCAACGUUCAGAUCUCCACCUGUGUCUCCAACAAUUCCACCUGCAAAAUCGCCCCCGGCACCUCCAUGUACUCCUAAAAAAUAUGAGAGUGUUGAGAGCACUUGGAAAAAGGGGAAGUUGAUCGGUAGAAGCACAUUAGGAAACGUAUAUCUUGGUUUUAAUAGUGAAAAAGGUGAAAUGUGUGCUAUCAAGGAGGCUCGUUUGUUGCCUAAUGCAGACGUAAGGCGAGAUGCACGGAUGAUGGAAAAAGAUAUUGCUCUGUUGAGCCGCAUGAAGCACCCAAACGUUGUGCAGUAUUUUGGAUCUGAAGUGGUAGGUGAUAACUUCUAUGUAUAUUUAGAAUACGUAUCUGGUGGCUCAAUCCAUGCGAUUCUCCAAGAAUAUGGAAAAUUAGGAGAAUCGGUAAUACGAAACUAUACUCAGCAGAUUUUAGCAGGGCUAGCAUACUUGCACUCCGAACAUAUCGUACACGGGAAUAUUAAAGCAGCCUCCAUAUUUGUGGAUCCAAAUGGCGCAGCUAAGUUGUCCAACUUCAUCAUUGAAAUGAAUAUUGUUGGGAGAUCCAAUUCAUCAUCUCUUAUGGAUAGCCCUUACUGGAUGGCACCUGAGGUUAUUAUGAACUCAAAUGUGCGUAAACCAGCUAGCGAUAUAUGGAGCCUUGGAUGCACUGUUCUGGAGAUGGCUACAUCAAAGCCACCUCUAAGCCAGUACAAAGGGGUCAUGGCCAUGUUCAAGGUUUCAUGUCAAAAUGAGCUUCCAACAAUUCCAGAUCACCUCUCAGAUGUAUGUAAGGACUUCCUGAGGUGUUGCAUGCAGUUGAAUCCCCUACAUCGUGCUACGGCUUCUCAACUCUUGGAGCACCCUUUUUUGAAAAGUUCAUCUCCCUUAAGAAAACAUAUGUUGGCUUCACCGUCUUCAGGUCAUCCUGUGGUCACAAAUGCUGUGAAGGCAGAGGACACUGAUUGUGUUAGAAGCCAUCAUCUGUUUGAUUUAGGGAAAGUUGUUCUCCACUCCUCCACAGCUAGUUCCCGGUCGAGUGAUGUCUAUACUCCAAGGUAUGUUUCAGCCCCCGUCUCUCCAGUCGGGAGUCCGCUUUUGCAUCCAUCAUCACCUCAACAAUUUAUACAGCCAAAGUUUCCUCCUAUGGUUACAAAUGCUAUGAAGCUGGAGGACACUGAUUGUGUUAGAAGCCAUCAUCUGUUUGAUUCAGGGAAAGUUGUUCUCCACUCCUCCACAGCUAGUUCCCGGUCGAGGUAUGUUUCGGCCCCCGUCUCUCCAGUCGGGAGUCCGCUUUUGCAUCCAUCAUCACCUCAACAAUUUAUACAGCCAAAGUUUCCUCCUAUGGUUACAAAUGCUAUGAAGUCGGAGGACACUGAUUGUGUUAGAAGCCAUCAUCUGUUUGAUUUAGGGAAAGUUGUUCUCCACUCCUCCACAGCUAGUUCCCGUUCGAGUGAUGUCUAUACUCCAAGGUAUGUUUCGGCCCCCGUCUCUCCAGUCGGGAGUCCGCUUUUGCAUCCAUCAUCACCUCAACAAUUUAUACAGCCAAAGUUUCCUCCUAUGGUUACAAAUGCUAUGAAGCUGGAGGACACUGAUUGUGUUAGAAGCCAUCAUCUGUUUGAUUCAGGGAAAGUUGUUCUCCACUCCUCCACAGCUAGUUCCCGGUCGAGUGAUGUCUAUACUCCAAGGUAUGUUUCGGCCCCCGUCUCUCCAGUCGGGAGUCCGCUUUUGCAUCCAUCAUCACCUCAACAAUUUAUACAGCCAAAGUUUCCUCCUAUGGUUACAAAUGCUAUGAAGUCGGAGGACACUGAUUGUGUUAGAAGCCAUCAUCUGUUUGAUUUAGGGAAAGUUGUUCUCCACUCCUCCACAGCUAGUUCCCGUUCGAGUGAUGUCUAUACUCCAAGGUAUGUUUCGGCCCCCGUCUCUCCAGUCGGGAGUCCGCUUUUGCAUCCAUCAUCACCUCAACAAUUUAUACAGCCAAAGUUUCCUCCUAUGGUUACAAAUGCUAUGAAGCUGGAGGACACUGAUUGUGUUAGAAGCCAUCAUCUGUUUGAUUCAGGGAAAGUUGUUCUCCACUCCUCCACAGCUAGUUCCCGGUCGAGUGAUGUCUAUACUCCAAGGUAUGUUUCGGCCCCCGUCUCUCCAGUCGGGAGUCCGCUUUUGCAUCCAUCAUCACCUCAACAAUUUAUACAGCCAAAGUUUCCUCCUAUGGUUACAAAUGCUAUGAAGUCGGAGGACACUGAUUGUGUUAGAAGCCAUCAUCUGUUUGAUUUAGGGAAAGUUGUUCUCCACUCCUCCACAGCUAGUUCCCGGUCGAGUGAUGUCUAUACUCCAAGGUAUGUUUCGGCCCCCGUCUCUCCAGUCGGGAGUCCGCUUUUGCAUCCAUCAUCACCUCAACAAUUUAUACAGCCAAAGUUUCCUCCUAUGGUUACAAAUGCUAUGAAGCUGGAGGACACUGAUUGUGUUAGAAGCCAUCAUCUGUUUGAUUCAGGGAAAGUUGUUCUCCACUCCUCCACAGCUAGUUCCCGGUCGAGUGAUGUCUAUGCUCCAAGGUAUGUUUCGGCCCCCGUCUCUCCAGUCGGGAGUCCGCUUUUGCAUCCAUCAUCACCUCAACAAUUUAUACAGCCAAAGUUUCCUCCUAUGGUUACAAAUGCUAUGAAGUCGGAGGACACUGAUUGUGUUAGAAGCCAUCAUCUGUUUGAUUUAGGGAAAGUUGUUCUCCACUCCUCCACAGCUAGUUCCCGUUCGAGUGAUGUCUAUACUCCAAGGUAUGUUUCGGCCCCCGUCUCUCCAGUCGGGAGUCCGCUUUUGCAUCCAUCAUCACCUCAACAAUUUAUACAGCCAAAGUUUCCUCCUAUGGUUACAAAUGCUAUGAAGCUGGAGGACACUGAUUGUGUUAGAAGCCAUCAUCUGUUUGAUUCAGGGAAAGUUGUUCUCCACUCUUCCACAGCUAGUUCCCGGUCGAGUGAUAUCUAUACUCCAAGGUAUGUUUCGGCCCCCGUCUCUCCAGUCGGGAGUCCGCUUUUGCAUCCAUCAUCACCUCAACAAUUUAUACAGCUAAAGUUUCCUCCUAUGGUUACAAAUGCUAUGAAGCCGGAGGACACUGAUUGUGUUAGAAGCCAUCAUCUGUUUGAUUCAGGGAAAGUUGUUCUCCACUCUUCCACAUCUAGUUCCCGGUCGAGUGAUAUCUAUACUCCAAGGUAUGUUUCGGCCCCCGUCUCUCCAGUCGGGAGUCCGCUUUUGCAUCCAUCAUCACCUCAACAAUUUAUACAGCUAAAGUUUCCUCCUAUGGUUACAAAUGCUAUGAAGCCGGAGGACACUGAUUGUGUUAGAAGCCAUCAUCUGUUUGAUUCAGGGAAAGUUGUUUUCCACUCCUCCACAGCUAGUUCCCGGUCGAGUGAUAUCUAUACUCCAAGGUAUGUUUCGGCCCCCGUCUCUCCAGUCGGGAGUCCGCUCUUGCAUCCAUCAUCACCUCAACAAUUUAUACAGCUAUAGUCUCCUCCUGCCAAAUCCAGCCCGUCCAUGGUAAUGAUCCAGCCUCCUCUUCAUCAAACGACGUGGUUGAAACAAGGCGAUACUUCUUGAAAGCCCUCAGUCAUGAGUAGCCCCUCUUAUUGGGACCCCAACAUUCUCAAAGCAGUGUUUAAAUUUUCAUGAUUCCCAGGAACUGGCAUAUCUUACAAUAUUUCAGAAACUCAAGAUUCAUAUCAAGUAGGGUUAAGAAGGAAACAUGGUCUCAAGAUAUAGGGUGAAUGCAGAUGUAGCACUUGUUUGAGGAGAGAUGGAGAUGAUACCAAUUUUGACAUAUAGAGCAAACUAAAUAGGACUACAAUUAUCAUUAAAAAGCUAUUUUGCAUCUAAA